AUGACCGUUAAAGAAAUCAACUCUAAUGUUAGACAUAAUUUAGUUGUGGACAACAGUAGAACCGAUAGCACAGAUAAUGUUUCUGGAUUUGACGCUCUCUCAGAUGAUGAUAAGGGCAAGGUAGAAAAAGUUCUGUUUCUCCUGGACAAGUUCUGUGUGGGUGAUGAUUUUUAUCACGAGAUAACUAUGUUGGUAGAAGGCUUGCCUAAGUCAUAUUUAGUUAAGCAAAGAAGAGACCAACUGAACAAAAUGUGUCACAUAACCUCAACACCUGGAGAAGAACAUGGAGCCCAACUUCCAUUCAAGGAUUUACUAAAAAACAGGAUAAAAAAAUAUACAAUUGCUCACCCAAAUGUUGUUAGAGACAAUGAAACAAUCAAAGUCAAAAUUUCAGGAGAUGGGGCUAACGUGACCAGGAGUUCAAAUUUUAUUUUGAUGAGUUUUGCCAUUUUGCAAUCUACUGAUGAUGUUUUAGCAGCAAAGGGAAAUCACACUAUAGCUGUUGUAAAAGGAAAAGAGGACUAUGAUGUUUUAAAGCACUGUUUUAGAGAUGUUUUCAAUGACAUAAAUGACAUGUUAAGAGAAAAAAAUCUAGAUCUGGGAGAAGAUACAGUAAACUUAGAAUUCUUUCUUGGCGGCGAUUAUAAAUUUAUAUUACUUAUGAUGGGUCUUAGUGGAGCCACCUCAAAUUAUGCAUGUGCUUGGUGCAAGAUUCAUAAGGACGAGAGGUGGAACAUGUCUUAUGAUUUGAACCACUACAAUUCACCAAAUCUUCGGCGCACGUUAAAGGAAAUGAAUGAACUAGCAGGGAAAAAAACAAAACAUUUCUGUUCUGUGAAUAUCCCCCUUAUAAACAUUAUUUGGAUCAUGUGA